CCGAUCUGCUGCCGCCGCACACCGGAGGACAAUCCCCCGCUUUCAUUCCUUCCUCCCGCUGCUCCUCUCGCUGCGCUCUUCCUCCUCGUCUUCUCCAGCCUGGGAUCGCGUCGGGAGCAGAGAUCUUCCAGCACGGAUGGAUGUUUGGAAGGAGGGAAACUGAUGCUUUCACGGCCGUAGCAGCGGUGCGCGUGCUGAGCCAGCGAUUCCUGCCUCAGAGAGAGAGGGGGACCCACUGCUCACCUCCUGUGUCGCUCCACCUCUCCGCCUUGCAGCUGAAGCUGAGGGUUUGAGGAUCAGGAUCUACUGUAAAUGUUUCAUUUUUCUACUUGUCUUGUGCUGGAAGUUUGUGUGGGACUCUCCUCUAAACUCUGUGGGAACCUGGUUUCUGGAUCUGCUCUUUGGGACCUUUUGAUGCCUUCUGGUGGACUCUCUCCUCCAUGACUCGUCUCAUCUGAGUCCUCCCGUCUGGAGUUUCCUCAUGGAAUUUCAGAACGCUUCUGCUGGCCUCGGCGGGCCACUCUCGCCCCUCUCCCCCACCUCAGACUACGGUGGCCCCGGCCCCUCUCACGGGCCCAGCCUCAGCCCCUCCAGAGGGCCCAGCCCCGACCCCGGACUCGGGGGAGCCUCCGCCGCCUUCAACUACAACCAGCUGGAGGGACGGUUCAAACAGCUGCAAGAUGAACGUGAGGCUGUGCAGAAAAAGACCUUCACCAAAUGGGUGAACUCCCACCUGUCCAGAGUCUCCUGUCGGAUCACAGACCUCUACAUGGACCUGAGGGAUGGACGGAUGCUCAUCAAGUUGCUGGAGGUCCUGUCAGGAGAACGACUGCCCAAACCCACAAAGGGUCGGAUGAGGAUCCACUGUCUGGAAAAUGUGGACAAGGCUCUGCAGUUCCUGAAGGAGCAGCGGGUCCACCUGGAGAACAUGGGCUCCCACGACAUUGUUGAUGGGAACCACCGCCUCACUCUGGGACUGAUCUGGACCAUCAUCCUCCGCUUCCAGAUCCAGGACAUCAGCGUGGAGACGGAGGACAACAAGGAGAAGAAGUCGGCCAAAGAUGCUCUGCUGCUCUGGUGUCAGAUGAAGACUGCCGGGUAUCCCAACGUGAACAUCCACAACUUCACCACCAGCUGGAGAGACGGCAUGGCCUUCAACGCUCUCAUCCACAAGCACAGGCCAGACCUGAUCGACUUUGACAAACUGAAGAAGUCCAACGCUCACUACAACCUGCAGAAUGCCUUCAACAUGGCCGAGCAGCACCUGGGCCUCACCAAGCUGCUGGACCCCGAAGACAUCAGUGUGGACCACCCCGAUGAGAAGUCCAUCAUCACCUACGUGGUCACAUACUACCACUACUUCUCCAAGAUGAAGGCUCUGAAGGUGGAGGGGAAGAGGAUCGGCAAGGUGCUGGACCACGCCAUCGAGACCGAGAAGAUGAUUGAGAAGUACGAGUCGCUGGCGUCCGACCUGCUGGAGUGGAUCGAACAGACCAUCAUCAUCCUCAACAACCGGAAGUUUGCCAACUCGCUGGUGGGCGUCCAGCAGCAGCUGCAGGCCUUCAACACCUACCGCACCGUGGAGAAGCCGCCCAAGUUCACAGAGAAGGGGAACCUGGAGGUUCUUCUGUUCACCAUCCAGAGCAAGAUGAGAGCCAACAACCAGAAGGUUUACACCCCCCGAGAGGGCAAGCUCAUCUCUGACAUCAACAAGGCGUGGGAGCGGCUGGAGAAGGCGGAGCAUGAGCGGGAGCUAGCGCUGAGGACGGAGCUCAUUCGUCAGGAGAAGCUGGAGCAGCUUGCACGACGCUUCGACCGCAAAGCCGCCAUGAGGGAAACGUGGCUGAGCGAGAACCAACGGCUGGUCUCACAGGACAACUUUGGUUUUGACCUCCAGGCUGUAGAAGCUGCAACAAAGAAACAUGAAGCUAUAGAGACUGACAUCGCUGCGUACGAGGAGCGAGUCCAGGCGGUGGUCUCCGUAGCGAAGGAGCUGGAGGCGGAGAGCUACCACGACAUCAAACGCAUCACAGCGAGGAAGGACAAUGUGAUCAGACUGUGGGAGUAUCUGCUGGAGCUGCUGAAGGCCCGCAGGCAUCGGCUGGAGCAGAACCUGGGCCUGCAGAGAGUCUUCCAGGAGAUGCUCUACAUCAUGGACUGGAUGGACGAGAUGAAGAUGCUGCUGCUGUCUCAGGACUACGGGAAGCACCUGCUGGGCGUGGAGGACCUGCUGCAGAAACACGCUCUGGUGGAGGCCGACAUCGCCAUCCAGGCUGACCGCGUCCGGAACGUCAACAGCAACGCUCAGAGGUUUGCCAGCGACGGCGAAGGCUACAAGCCCUGCGAUCCUCAGAUCAUCAGAGACCGGGUCGCUCACCUGGAGUUCUGCUACCAGGAGCUGAGUCAGCUGGCGGCUGAGCGGCGAGCUCGCCUUGAAGAGUCCCGUCGCCUCUGGAAGUUCUUCUGGGAGAUGGCGGAAGAGGAGGGAUGGAUCAGGGAGAAGGAGCAGAUACUUUCCUCUGAGGAUUAUGGGAAGGAUCUGACGGGCGCCCUGCGCCUGCUGAGUCAGCACAAAGCCUUUGAGGACGAGAUGAGCGGGCGAGCCGCCCACCUGCAGCAGACCAUCAAACAAGGCGAGGACCUGGUGGCCGACAACCACUUCGGGGCCGACAAGAUCAGGGAGCGAAUCCGUGACAUUCAGGAACAGUGGGCGAGUCUGGAGCAGCUCACCGCUGUGAGGAAAAGCCGGCUGGAGGAAGCCUGCAACCACCACCAGUUCCAGGCUGAUGCGGACGACAUCGACACAUGGAUGCUGGACGUUCUGCGAAUCGUCUCCAGCGUCGAUGUCGGCCACGACGAGUUCUCCACCCAGGCUCUGGUGAAGAAACACAAAGAUGUGGCGGAGGAGAUCGACAGCUACCGCCCCGUCAUCGAGGCUCUGCACGAUCAGGCGCGGACGUUGCCGCCCGAAAAGGCCAACUCUGAGGAGGUGAAGAGUCGUCUGGCGGGCAUCGAGGAGCGCUAUAAGGAGGUGGCGGAGCUGACGCGGCUCAGGAAGCAGGCGCUGCAGGACGCUCUGGCGCUCUACAGGAUGCUGAGUGAAGCCAGUGCCUGCGAGGUGUGGAUCGACGAGAAGGAGCAGUGGCUCAACAGCAUGGACAUCCCUGACAAACUGGAGGAUCUGGAGGUCGUCCAGCACCGGUUUGAGAGUUUGGAGCCUGAGAUGAACAGCCAGGCGUCCCGGGUCGCCGUGGUGAACCAGGUUGCCAGGCAGCUGAUCCACUGCGGACAUCCCAGUGAGAAGGAGAUCAAAGCCCAGCAGGACAAACUCAACACCAGGUGGAGCCAGUUCAGAGACCUGGUGGACCAGAAGAAGGAGAGCCUGGUCUCGGCUCUGGGAGUCCAGAACUACCAUCUGGAGUGUAAUGAGACCAAGUCCUGGAUCAAGGAGAAGAACAAGUUGAUCGAGUCCACUCAGGAGCUGGGGAACGACCUGGCCGGCGUCAUGGCUCUGCAGAGGAAGCUGACGGGGAUGGAGCGCGACCUCGUGGCCAUCGAGGACAAGAUGGGCGACCUGGGGAAGGAGGCGGAGCGUCUGGGCUCCGAACACCCAGAGCAGUGCGAGGCCAUCAAAGGCCGCCUGGCUGAGAUCACGGGCGUCUGGCAGGAGAUGAAGGACAGUCUGAAGAACCGCGAGGAAUCUCUCGGGGAGGCCAGCAAACUCCAGCAGUUCCUGCGCGACCUGGACGACUUCCAGUCGUGGCUGUCGCGGACGCAGACCGCCAUCGCCUCGGAGGACAUGCCCAACACGCUGACCGAGGCGGAGAAGCUGCUGGCCCAGCACGAGAACAUCAAGAACGAGAUCCGCAACUACGAGGAGGACUACCAGAAGAUGAGGGACAUGGGCGAGAUGGUGACGCAGGGCCAGACGGACGCCCAGCACAUGUUCCUGCGGCAGCGGCUGCAGGCGCUCGACACCGGCUGGAACGAGCUGCACAAGAUGUGGGAGAACCGGCAGAAUCUGCUGUCCCAGUCGCACGCCUACCAGCUGUUCCUCAGAGACACCAAGCAGGCCGAAGCCUUCCUCAACAACCAGGAGUACGUUCUGGCGCACACGGAGAUGCCCACCACGUUGGAGGCGGCAGAGGCCGCCAUCAAGAAGCAGGAAGACUUCAUGACCACCAUGGACGCCAACGAGGAGAAGAUCAGCAGUGUGGUUGAUACCGGCCGCCGCCUGGUCGCCGACGGCAACGUGAGCGCCGAGCGGAUCCAGGAGAAGGUGGACUCCAUUGAUCAAAGGCACAAGAAGAACCGUCAGGCCGCCAGCGACCUGCUGAUGAGGCUGAAGGACAACAGAGACCUGCAGAAGUUCCUGCAGGACUGCCAGGAGCUGAAUCUGUGGAUCAACGAGAAGAUGCUGACGGCUCAGGACAUGACGUAUGACGAGGCCAGGAACCUCCACAGCAAGUGGCUGAAGCACCAGGCCUUCAUGGCUGAGCUGCAGUCCAACAAGGAGUGGCUGGACAAGAUCAGCAAGGACGGACAAACGCUGAUGGCGGAGAAGCCGGAGACGGAGGGCGUGGUGAAGGAGAAGCUGGCAUCCCUGAAGACCAUGUGGGAGGAGCUAGAGUCGACCACGCAGACCAAAGCCAAGUGUCUGUUUGACGCCAACAAGGCCGAGCUGUUCACGCAGAGCUGCGCCGACCUGGACAAGUGGCUGAACGGCCUGGAGGGUCAGCUGCACUCCGACGACUUCGGCAAAGACCUGACGUCCGUCAACAUCCUGCUGAAAAAGCAGCAGAUCCUGGAGAGCCAGGUGGAGGUGCGGCAGAAGGAGGUGGAUGAGCUGAAGAGUCAGUCGCAGGUCCUCAGUCAGGAAGGGAAGGACUCGGACGAGGUGGACAGCCAGCGGAUCAUCGUGGAGAAGAAGUUCCAGACGCUGCAGGAGCCCCUGAAGAAGAGGCGGGACAAGCUCAUGGCGUCCCGUGAAAUCCACCAGUUCAACAGAGACGUGGAGGACGAGAUCCUGUGGGUGGAGGAGCGGAUGCCUCUGGCCACGUCCACGGACCACGGACACAACCUGCAGACCGUGCAGCUGCUCAUCAAGAAGAACCAGACCCUGCAGAAGGAGAUCCAGGGGCACCAGCCGCGCUACGACGACAUCUUUGAGCGCAGCCAGCACGUGCUGAGGGAGGGCAGCCCCACGGCCGAGCUGAUCCGCCAGCGGCUCGCCGACCUCCAGUCCCUGUGGGAGCAGAUCAAGAAGGAGACGGAGAAGCGCCACACCCGCCUCAGCGAGGCCCACGAGGCCCAGCAGUACUACUUUGACGCCGCGGAGGCCGAGGCCUGGAUGAGCGAGCAGGAGCUGUACAUGAUGUCGGAGGAGAAGGCCAAGGACGAGCAGAGCGCCGUCGCCAUGCUGAAGAAACACCAGAUCCUGGAGCAGGCCGUGGAGGACUACGCCGACACCGUCCACCAGCUGUCCAGCACCAGCCGGGGGCUGGUUGCUGCCGGACACCCCGACAGCGAGCGCAUCGGGAUGCGGCAGUCUCAAGUGGACAAACUCUACGCCGGACUGAAGGACUUAGCCGAGGAACGCCGAGGGAAGCUGGAUGAGCGUUUCCGACUUUUCCAGCUCAACCGGGAGGUGGACGACCUGGAGCAGUGGAUCGCAGAAAGAGAGGUGGUGGCCGGAUCUCACGAGCUCGGACAGGACUACGAGCACGUCACGAUGCUGCAGGAGCGUUUCAGAGAAUUCGCCCGGGACACCGGGACCAUCGGACAGGAGCGCGUGGACGGCGUCAACAGGCUGGCCGACGAGCUCAUCAACAGCGGCCACGGCGACGCUGCCACCAUCGCCGAGUGGAAGGACGGCCUGAACGAGGCCUGGGCCGACCUGCUGGAGCUCAUCGACACCCGCACGCAGAUCCUGGCCGCCUCCUAUGAACUGCACAAGUUCUACCACGACGCCAAGGAGGUCCUCAACCGGAUCCUGGACAAGCACAAGAAGCUUCCGGAGGAACUGGGCCGGGACCAGAACACAGUGGAGGCCCUGCAGAGAAUGCACACCGCCUUUGAACAUGACAUCCAGGCUCUGGGAACACAGGUCCGGCAGCUGCAGGAGGACGCCGUCCGUCUACAGUCGGCUUACGCCGGAGACAAAGCUGACGACAUCCAAAAGAGAGAAGGAGAGGUCCUGGAGGCCUGGAAGAGCCUGCUGGCAGCGGUGGAAGGCCGGCGAGCCAAGCUGGUCGACACCGGAGACAAGUUCCGCUUCUUCAGCAUGGUGCGUGACCUGAUGCUGUGGAUGGAGGACGUCAUCCGCCUGAUCGAAGCCCAGGAGAAGCCCAGGGACGUGUCGUCAGUGGAGCUGCUGAUGAACAACCACCAAGGCAUCAAGGCGGAGAUCGACGCCCGAAACGACAGCUUCACCACCUGUAUUGAGCUGGGGAAGGCCCUGCUGGCGAGGAAGCACUACGCUUCAGAGGAGAUUAAAGAGAAGUUGCUGCAGUUGACGGAUAAGAGGAAAGAGAUGAUUGACAAGUGGGAGGAUAGAUGGGAGUGGCUCAGACUAGUUCUGGAGGUGCACCAGUUCUCCAGGGACGCGGGGGUGGCGGAGGCGUGGCUGCUGGGACAGGAGCCUUACCUGUCCAGCAGGGAGAUCGGGCAGAGCGUGGACGAGGUGGAGAAGCUCAUCAAACGCCACGAGGCCUUCGAGAAGUCAGCCGCCACCUGGGAGGAGCGCUUCUCCGCGCUGGAGAGGCUGACCACGAUGGAGUUACUGGAAGUGAGGAGAAGGCAAGAGGAAGAAGAGAGGAGGAAGCAGCCGGAGGCUCAGUCUGCAGACGGUGUAGCACAGAACAGGGACGAGCUGCUGUCUCAGAACGGGCUGCCAACCGAGCAGGAGUCUCCCAGGGACAACGGCGAAGGUGGUGAGGUGGUAAACGGCGUGUCAGAGCCCAGUCCAUCGGGGUCUCCGGGGGCGUCUCGCAAGGCCAAGAGCAGCCAGGCGGCCACUCUGCCGGCCAAAAGCCAGCAGGACGGCCCUACGUCCCAGCAGGAGGGCUUCCUGCACCGCAAACACGAGUGGGAGGGUCACAACAAGAAAGCCUCCAGCAGGUCGUGGAACAACGUGUACUGUGUGAUCAACCAGCAGGAGAUGGGUUUCUACAAGGACCAGAGGAGCGCCGGUCAGGGCAUUCCGUAUCACAGCGAGAUUCCCGUCAGCCUGAAGGACGCCGUGUGCGAGGUGGCGCUGGACUACAAAAAGAAGAAGCACGUCUUUAAGCUGAAAAUUUCCGACGGGAACGAGUACCUGUUCCAGGCCAAAGAUGACGAGGAGAUGAACUCGUGGAUCUCGACCAUCUCCAGCGCCAUUUCAGGCGACAAGCCAGAGGUCACACCCAGCAGCCACAGCACGCCGGCCCCGGCCGCACGAGCGCAGACGAUGCCGGCCGCCGUCGCCACGACGACAGCAGAGUCCAGCCCGGGCAAACGAGAGAAAGACAAGGAAAAGCGCUUCAGUCUGUUUAGCAAGAAAAAAUAGACGUUGCUCCUUCGCUUCCUCCUUCUUUCCUCCUUUUCCUCCCUCCUUCCCUGCGGAGCUGUUUGGGGUGGACUGCCGGUCAAACCUUUCAGUCCUGAUGCUGUCGUGUCAAACAUGAGUAGAAUAAGAGCUCAGAGAUGCUGAUGUAAUCCAAACCAUCAUAAGAUUAUUAACUUGAAACCAUUUUUAUUUAAGUAACACCUAACAAACCGUUCCACGUCCCCCCAGAUAGCUUCCCGUCUCCUCCUCCUUCCUCCUCCUCUUCCUCUCAAAGUGUGACUCCAGCAUGCAAGCUCCGAGCCAAAACUCUCCACUCUGUGCCUAUCAACCGUCCGGUCGGCUCAGAGCGCCAGAACAGCUACACCACGCCACCCGAGUCCUCCGCCGCGUUUCCGUGCGACACAGGAACUUUCCAGAAGUGACUGAGGAGCUCCGCUUCCGGCAGCUGCCGUCGUCCAGACACAAGCCAGAGUUUGCCGCCAAAUAAUACUCGAGAGGAGUUUGCAGUCUGUCCUGUCAUGGCGUUUUCUUUGUGUUUUCUAUCUCCCGCCGUCUCUCCGCUCUGCUCUCUCGUCUGUGGCUCGCGUCCUUUCCCUCGGCUCGUUCCUGUCCGGGUCUACCCUCCGCUUCUUCUUUUUUUUUUUUUUUUUUGCGAGGCCUUGUCUUUGCAAGAUGACGUGUAUCCCCCUGUUGUGGGAAAACCGAGGCCACGGCGGGGUAAUCCUCUGAAAUUACCACCUGACGCUACAAACUCCCGUCCUCCAAAAUGUCAAGUGAGGAGGAGUUUUCUGCACUGAAUAAAUCUCCAGCCCCUCUGUUGGUUCAUGUUGUGCAAUAAACCAGCGAGAGGCCAACAAUCACGCUCUGUCCCCCUCUGGUGCGGUCUAAUUCCUGCAGAGAGAACAGAGACCUUUGCUGUAAUUUGGAGCGUUACCCUGCGGUGCUUUGAACUGUAUGUAUAACUUGUGUAUAACAAUCUGUUCAAAUUAAACCUGUGUUUAAUUUCACUUAUUACUAGUACUAAUAAGAACAACCAUGAUAAGCUUUGUUGAGUAAAACUUUUCUUUGUGAAAACACUUGUACAACCUGAAUGAAGGAGCCGUCGAGGAAUAAAUACCUGAGACCAGGAGGAAUGUUUCAUAACUCCCACUUUUUCAGCAUCCCAUCAGGUUUUUUUUCUACUUUUUUUGACAUUCCUGAACCUUCACUCCUCCUCCUCUGGAAUAAGUUUUGUUUCUCCCGUUCUGUGUCCCACGUUUUAUUUAGGUGGACUAGUAUGAAGGCAUAGAUGUUCUUUAAGAGUUGCGUUCUUGUCGUCAAGUGGAAAGUUGGUUUCAAAAAGCAUUUACAGAAAGUGAAGCAGUGUUGCAGAGUAGUGGUCGCUUGCUUGUUGGCUUCAGCUCUCCGUUUUUAAGAUGUUAAGACUUUUGCUGUCCUUUGGAGGGAAAUCUGCUGAGCUGCAAUCAGUAGGAGGAUUUCAGAUAUGGAAGUUCCCUGAUGACAAAAUCAGCAAACUAAAUUUCAACCCAUUUAUAGUUAGAAAAUAUGUUAUUUUACUUAUUUUUUCUCUACUACCGCUUUAGUUUCGCCACAAUCUUCUCUCGGACGUCGUGGUUUCAUCAAACUGGCAGCUUGAAUUUGCAUGGAUUGAUCACAUUUUGACCCCCAGAGGGCGGAGUCAAACGUUUUACAUUAAAGUGUGCGUGCCUCAUGGAAGCUGGAGUGCCAAAAGUUUUGUCAUCUUGGAACUUCUUUAUCUGUCUAUAAAACUCAACAGAAAUGAGCAACAAAAUGUGUUGUUUCUCCCACAGGUGUUGGUGGGCGGGGCUUCAGCUCUCACACCUCUAUUGUAACUGACAGACUUUUCACUGGGUGACUGAUCCUGUUCUGUUUCUUUUUUUUUAAUUUUUUUCUUUGUGCUGCUGUCUCUGGCAAUUAAUUAAAUAUAGUGUGCAUUCCUAUGUCACUGUAACCAUAGUAACAAGAUAUUUCUUCAUACUGCACAAUCAAUAAGCCACGAUGGGGUGGGUGGGGUUGGAGGGUGGGGCCUGUGGGGUUUGUAGGUGAGGUGGUUGGUGUGAUUUGGACCGGGGGUGUCACUGCUAGAUGGAUCUGCACCCGUAGACUUUUCCCCAUCUCUGUUACAUAUGUGCAAAAAGCCAUUAAAGUGCUUUCAAAACAAAAGUACCCGAUUCUGUGUUGUUUUUUUAAGAUUUGGUGUCAAAUAGACAUCAAUUCUUAGUAAAAAAGUAUAGUUUAAUUGUACCACAAGUACAUUUUUUUUACUAUCUAUAUAUUGUAAACUUAACAUUUUCCAAAUUAGUGUGAAAAAGUAUUCAGCUUGUGCACUUGCUACCAAUGUACACAGUCUAUAUAGUAUACUUGCUACACUUGUACUCAAAUAUAAUUAAUAAAAGUAACUUAAAGUGAAA